UUUGCCCAGACGGCAUCCGCUCCAUUCAAACACUGAGUGCGUCUCUGCUGCGGUGCGUUGCGCGCAGGCUGGAGAGAGAUGACAAGAGCCCCGCGGAACUGGCCAGACAAACAUGGAUCUCCGUAAAACGCUGAUUUCGGUGCUUUGGAUAUUAUUGGUGAACCUAAAGGAAGACUGUCACGCAGAGGAAGUGGUGCUGCUGAAUUCUAAAGAGACUCAGGCAGAGCUGGGCUGGACGUCCUAUCCCCCCAAUGGAUGGGAGGAGAUCAGCGGUGUCGAUGAGAAGUACAAGCCUAUCCGGACGUACCAGGUGUGCAACGUGAUGGAACCCACGCAGCAGAACAACUGGCUGCAGACCGGCUGGGUGGCGCGCAGAGGUGGCCAGCGCAUUUUCGUGGAGCUCCAGUUCACGCUGCGCGACUGCAACAGCAUCCCCGGCGUAGCAGGCACGUGCAAGGAGACCUUCAACCUCCUCUAUGUCGAGUCCGACAGGGACCUCGGGGGCGUGACCCGAGAGGACCGCUACACCAAGAUCGACACCAUCGCUGCCGACGAGAGCUUCACACAGGGCGACCUGGGCGAGAGGAAGAUGAAGCUGAACACGGAGGUGCGCGAGAUCGGCCACCUCAACCGCAAGGGCUUCCACCUGGCUUUCCAGGACGUCGGUGCCUGCGUGGCCCUGGUAGCCGUGCGAGUGUACUACAAGCGCUGCCUCGCCACCGUCCAGAACCUGGCAGUGUUCCCGGACACGGUGGCUGAGGCGGCCUUCGCCACGCUGGUGGAGGUGCGCGGCACCUGCGUCAACAACUCUGAGGUUGAUGCUGACAGCCCUCCCAGGAUGCAUUGCAGCGCCGAGGGUGAAUGGCUGGUGCCCAUUGGGAAGUGCAGCUGCAGCGCUGGCUACGAAGAGGGACACAGCAGCUGUGAAGCGUGUCCCCGUGGCUCCUACAAGAUGUCCUCCAGGCAGCAGGAGUGUUUUCCCUGCCCAGCCAACAGUGUCGCAGAGGAGGAGGGAUCGGUGGUGUGUGUGUGUGAGGAGGACCACUUCAGAACCCCGCUGGACACACCCUCAGCACCAUGCACAAGGCCCCCUUCCCCACCUAGAGACUUGGUCUACACCCUGAAGCAGUCCACGCUGAUCUUGGAGUGGGCCGCACCAUCUGACACAGGAGGCAGGGUGGAUCUGACUUACAGCGUAGGGUGUCGGAGGUGCGUCCUGAGGCAGUGCGAGCCGUGCGGGGCGAGCGUCGGCUUUGUGCCUCAGCAGGUCGGCCUGACGGAAAGAACGGUGACCGUGGUCAAUCUCCUCCCCAACACCAACUACACGUUCACCGUCGAAGCCUUGAACGGAGUGUCGGAGUUGCUGCCCAACAAGAGGUUCUACACCCAGGUCAACGUGUCUACGAGCCUGCCCGCACCAUCUCUGAUCAGUGAGCUGCGAGCAGAGAAGAUUGAGCAGAAGAGCAUCACCUUGGUGUGGAGGGAGCCUUCUUACCCAAACAGCAGCCGCACAGAGUAUGAGGUCAAAUACUAUGAGAAGGAACAAAAGGAUCAGAGUUAUUCUACUGUGAAGACAGCCGCCACACGGAUCAGUGUCAACAACCUCAAGCCUGGCACCACAUAUGUCUUUCUCAUCCGCCCUUUCUCCACGCCGGCCCCCUCCUCAUCCCUGUCGUCUUCGCCUCUGUCAUCCUCUUCUUCCUCCUCUGCCUCCUCGUCAUCCUCCUCUACUUCUUCCUCCUCUUCAUCAUCCCCCUCUUCAUCGUCCUCCUCCUCCCCGCCACCCAUUGACUACGGAGCAUACAGCGCUCCCCUGGAGCUGCAGACACUUGGCGAGUUGGCACUGGCGUCCAGUGAACAGAGUCCGGUGGUGAUCAUCGUCGUCGUGUCUGUGGCUGCCCUGAUCAUGCUGCUCUCUAUGGGAGUUGGGCUGCUCAUCUGGAGGAGCAGCGUCUGCUCGAGCUCCUCCAAUGUAACUCCUGCUAGCGUGGUGCUGCUCUCGACCUCCUUCUCCACUCUUCCUCCUCCUCCUCCUCUUCUUUCUCCUCUUCCUCCCUUCACACAGCUGAUGCCCAGACAAUGCGGCUACAGCAAAGCUUCACAGGAAGGAGAUGAGGAACUUUACUUCCAGUUUAAGAUCCCAACACGGAGGACCUACAUUGACCCAGAGACUUGUGAGGACCUCCUGCAGGCUGUGCACGCCUUCGCCAAGGAGCUGGACAACUCAAGUAUCAAGAUAGAGAGAAUUGUGCACACAGGCGACUUUGGGGAGGUGUGUCGCGGCUGCCUGAAGCUCCCCAGUAAGAGAGAGCUGCCGGUGGCCAUAAAGACGUUAAGGGCCGGCUGCUCAGACAAACAGCGUCGCUCUUUUCUCAGCGAGGCCGGCAUCCUGGGGCAGUUUGACCACGCCAACAUCAUCAGACUGGAGGGAGUCAUCACCACUGGUAACACCAUGAUGAUCAUAGUGGAGAGCAUGUCGAACGGCGCCUUAGAUUCCUUCCUUAGGAAACAUGAAGGCCAGUUGAGUGUAAUGCAGCUGAUGGAUAUGCUGACUGGUGUGGCAUCCGGGAUGAAGUACCUCACCGAAAUGGGCUUCAUCCACAAACGGCUGGCCGCACACAAGGUGCUGGUUAACUCCAACCUGGGCUGCAAGGUAUCUGGCUUCAGACCUCUCCAGGAGGACAAGAUAGAGGCCAUUUACACCACACUGCACGGAGGGAAGAGUGUGGUGCUGUGGACCGCUCCGGAGGCCAUCCAGUACCAUCGCUUCUCCUCGGCCUCAGAUGUCUGGAGCUUCGGCAUUGUCAUGUGGGAGGUCAUGUCCUAUGGAGAGAGACCCUACUGGGAUAUGGGCAACCAGGAUGUGAUCAAGGCCAUCGAGGAUGGUUUCAGGCUGCCGGCUCCAGUUAACUGCCCUCCACAUCUCCAUCAGCUGAUGCUGGACUGUUGGCAGAAGGAGAGGACAGAGAGGCCCAGCUUCAGCCAGAUCCACUCAGCCCUCAGCAAGAGCAUUCGCUCCCCUGAUGGCAUUGGUUCCUCCACACUGGCACGCAGAACCCUGAGUUCAUCCAUUACGCUCGCAGAGAGGCCUCUGCCCUCCUUCCCAUCCUUUAACUCAGUGGGAGAGUGGCUGGACGCAGUGGACAUGGGACGAUACAAGGACAACUUCACCGCUGCAGGAUACUGCUACUUGGAGUCUGUGGCACGAAUGACUGUACAAGAUGUACUGAGCCUUGGCAUCACUUCCCUUGAUCACCAGAAGCUGAUACUGGCUGCCAUCCAGACCCUCAGAGCCCAGGUCAUUCAAAUGCACGGCCGUGGUGUGCAGGUCUAACAGACAGUCGACACACCUACUCUCACACUGCUGCUGCAGACCCACACGUGUGUGCAGGUGGAUAAUGGGGUGGAGAAGAGGAGAGAGAGAGGGAGAGAGAGAGAGAGCUCUUCUAAACUGAAGGAAAGAAGAGCAGAUCUUUCAGCUAACUGCACUCUAUCUACUACUCCUUCCCACACUUCCUCAUGCCUCCCUUGAUUCCUUUCUUCCUUUUUUCUACGAACGCCCUCAGAGACGAGCAGCGUGUCUGUCGCGUCUGGGGCAUAGCAGAGGAGUGAUGUCACCGGACUUUUUUUUGUGACCUCCAUCUGCACUUCAGUAACUGUGUCAGCUCCAUCUCACUGAUUCUGGAUCCGUGCAUUAGGACAAAUGAAAUAUUGUCUCUAGUGGGACGAGCUGUGUCUGAAGCUGACCUCUGGGCUGCUGGAGGGGACACAGAUGUAUUACACUGCAAACAAACCAGUUACGGACAAGUGCUCAAAGAAACAUUAAAAUUUUGGGUGGAAUUUCCCUUUACCACAACAUCGAACAUUGAUUCACUUAAAAAAAAACAAAAAAAAAAAACUAUUUGUCGUCAAAGCCAGGAACUACUUUGGCCUUGGAUCAAAUUACUCUCCCCUCAGAACUGGCACUGCUGAUUUCACAUCAAACAGGAGCUGAUUUACUAUGAAGAUACAGAAUCAUAUCAUUGUACGUCAGAGCUGAUCUCAUAUCAGACGGCACAGGAGCAAUUCUGAAGAUAAAACAUGGCUGCAGUAGCUUAAGGAGACUGUGCUGUCCCACGUCAAGGGUCCAUUAAGAGUGAGGUUAGACAGUAAGGCCUCAACAAAGGCUGGAUGAACAGGGCUAGCACACAGUAUAACCCUGUAUACAGUAUAUAUGAAGUGUGCUGACAGGAUGAACGGAACUGAUGGCAUACUGUACUUUCAGGAACAUGAACCUGAUUUUUUUGGGGUGCUGGCGGGGGGGGUUACUAAUGUUUGAACAAAAGCUGCAGGAUACAAUUGUAAAGGUUAAAAACGUGUGUUUGAUUGUUCAUUAAUUUGUUGUACAUCGCUGUCCGUUUCACUACUCUCAUCAUUUUACUUCCUUUCUCUUCUCCUCCGUUCUCUCCAGUUGUUUUCUUUGUGCAUUUAAAACAUCUGAUUUUCCCUUUCUCCUGCUGGAUGUCAUCUCGGUAUCAUAAUCCUCCUCUCCAAAGCCUCUCUCACUACCAAUGUUUAAUACUCCGUAUGGAGCGCGGGCCAGCUCUGGAAGAUGGUCUGCGUCAGAUAUUUAUCCAUAUUUAUUUAUGUUUACAGACUGUAACACAAGCCUCUGCAGAAAGAGGUUAGAAGGGUUUAUUUAACUUAUUUAAAAAAAAGUUGUCUCCUUGUUCUGUUUCUUUUUUGUUGUAAGAUUAUACCUGAGCAAAUGGUUUUGUACACAGGCAGUGAGAGGAACACUGGAGGGUUUUUACUGUCAGCACACAGUAUCUGUGUAUUCUUGAACACUGGAGUUGGUACAGUUAAUUUUAAGGUCCAUUAUCAUUGGAUUUGCUGUAUGCAUUUCAGUGUGUGUGUGUUGCAGUAUGGAUACAGUAUUACAGAAUGUCAUAUGGACUUUAUUUUCUUCGUAGCUGUUGGAUUAUCAUGUUUAAUUUUACGAUGCUGUUAAUAUCAUGCUCUGCCAUACUACGUGGUUGCACUUUUUCCCCCCAAGAUAACUCUCCCUGUACAGUGAUCUGCCCCUCGCCUUUCCUGUCCUAUUUCAGUACAGGAGACUUGAAGGAUGAAGUUUAUUGGGGCAUUAUUUGACUAUCAUACAUUCUCACAAAAGAAGUACAUACAUUUUUGACGGGGAUAUUGUAACUGGUUUGUAUUUGGUACAAAACUAGUUUUUUGUUUUUUCUCCUCCUACUCUUCUUCUCCCUCUGUGAGUCAAAUGAAAUAAACUCAUAUGUCCUUUUAGAUGUUAUCACGCACAUGUUGACAUAUCUGAAGAGACACACUGAUGGUCCCUACACACACACACACACACACACACACACACUACAAAGACACACACAGUCGCUGACACGCAACAAGCUGGACCUCGUCACCAUGAUGAAUGAAAUGUCGUUUCCCCUCUCUGUCCCCCUUCUCUGUUACUGUGACCAUUAUGAUAUAUGUUUAAUACUGUACAUAUGUAUUUGAAAAUGCUAAAUCUAUUUUUAUAAUUUGUUUGAAGAACAAUGUGUUGAAUAUAAUAUCUGCUCACUGUGUAAGGGUUUUAUUUGUUUGAAUUUAGGGCCAUAGCCAAGAAAACAGUGUUUGGAAUAUAAAAUGGAAAAAAAAAGUUUCUUUUUUUUCGUUAGUUUUUUGAUGAUUUUUACCUGUUAGAAGAAAAUCUGAUGGCUGUUGCAAUAUUGAAACGUGUUAUUAAAAAAUCUCCAAUACAAGCAAAUGGUUUUGCUCUUUGUCUUGUAUUUUGGCACUGAUGU